AUGCAUGCAGCGGCGCAAGGAGAUAGCCACUCCAUACUGCGAAUCAACCAACUUGUUCGAGAUAUUGAGAGUCGGCCGACGCCGAAACGAAACGAAGCUCGAAUACCGACGAAGCCUGGUCUACGCGAAAAGAAAAGACUCGAAAAUAUAGCUUUCCAGAUACAAACAAUGUACCGACACCCCGACGUCGAACCUAUUUUAUCGCGCCCAAGACUUUCCGUUGCUGGUCAGCGGCAGGUACCCAAGCUCGUCAACGCACGCGGUGUACCCUUUCUGCGAAUCAAGAAACCGCAGCCGCAGAACCUAAGUCGGAUCAUUCGGUACAAGCUCCGCUUCAAAGACAAACUCAUUGAAAGGCGGGAUCGAUUACUUGUCGAAACACUCUUUGCAAAGGAUGAGGAAGACUGGGAUCGGCUCCUUACAGGCCAAACUCUCACCGAGAAAGUGAUACAUGCACAAAAUCACUUGGCUUGGGUUGAAGGAACUUGGCUAGAGAGCCCUUUGGAGUGUUACAAGAAGGCGUAUUACGAUAAUAUAGAGUUUGAGAAGAAGCAACAGGCUCUCGCAGAGAAAAUGUGGGAGGUCAUUCUCGCCGAACGUAAAUUAGCUGCAGAAGAGGAAGCUAAGAAGAGCGGACUUUCAGAUGGUUUCUGGAGACCCCCUUUGAUUGGGGUUUGGAAAUCUCUGAUAAGAACCCUUCGCGCAAAGCUUUUCGCGUGA